AUGAGUAUUCUCACAUUGCUCGAAGCGGCUCGCUAUCUAGAGUACAAGAGUGAAGCCAGUGCUCGAGGUGAGGAGCCUCAUGACUACACAACGUUCACCCAGCUAUCGUCUAGCGGAACCUCUAUCGGGAGUCCAACGACAGCCUCGUCGCCGUCUUCGAUUCCGGCAACGCCGACCUCAUCGAACAGCAAUGGCGGGACGACGAACAAUGUGUCUUCAAGCAAUGCUGGUGGUCGAUCGUCGCCCGUCGGCUUCAGCGCCGUAUUCAACCAAACUAAUACGUCAACGGCAGCGUCCACAACCGUCCAAACGGCAGCGUCGACGACGACUAGCAGCAGCGGAGGAUCUUCGUUGCGCGGGACUCCACCUCCGGUUUUGCCGUCGUCGUCUCCGGUGACCGCUCUAACGGCGGCUACGACUACCACGACGACUCAAGGGGCAUCGCCUAUCUCAGUCGGAGUCGGUGUCAUUCAGCAGGCCGGGGCGUACCGCCAACGGAGUGGCAGCGCAACAUCUCGUCACCGAACGGAUUCCUUGUCGUCACACGAUGAGAACAGUAGAGACCAAAAACAGAUGCGGAGGAUUGGGGGAGCGGGAACACGUGAGGUACAUAAUAAGUUGGAGAAGAAUCGGAGAGCUCAUCUGAAAGAGUGCUUCGAGAGUCUGAAGAAACAGUUGCCCAACAUUCAGGACGAUAAAAAGACCAGUAACCUCACCAUUCUCAGAUCAGCGUUGAGAUACAUCCAGAGUUUAAAGAAGAAAGAGCGAGAGUUUGAACAGCAGCUAGAGAAACUGGCGGGAGACAAGAUCAGCGCUCAGCACCGUUUGGCCAAUCUGCGGAAAGAUGGUUGCUCAGUUCUCCCGCUGGGGACGGAAAUCAUCGGUCCCGGACAUCUGCUCGAGCCUCGGAGGGCGCUUCUUGCAGCCACCAAUGAGUUGGUUGCCGCUGAAAGGCUCAUGAGUGAAAUGAAACGGAGAGGUAGCGUUUCUCCUGACAACGAAACGACAACUACGGCUUCCGAAUGCGGCAACCUGAGCGACUAUGAGGCGGAUGAAUUUGACCUUUUAUCGUCGAGUGCGACACAGCAUCACCAAAACGGGGCGAGCAGAAAAACUACGAUUGAAGCACGUGUCGAAGCUCGCGCCCCAAUCGUAGUCAGUACUAGCUCUGAAAUGCGUGUCAACGGCGUAAACCAUAACGCACAGCAGCAGCAGCAGCAGCAAACUUCGGAAGAUUGCAAACCAAUCACCAUUUCCGUUACAUCGGCCGCGUCGAACCCCAUCUAUCAACAAGCCACCAAAGGCCAGAUACACCAACAACAGCAGCAGCAACAACAACAGCAGCAGCAGCAAACACAACAAGCUACGCAGCAGCAACAGACGUCGCAAACGCAGCAGCAGCAACCGUCGCAGACGCAGCAGCAACAACAAUCGUUCCCGCAAGCUUUGUCGACUUCGCUCACUCCUCUGAUAAAAGCAGGACCUGGGCUCAUAGUUAGAGCGGCCAGAGAACAAGAUUAUCUCGACAUUAAGGCAAACACUUUCAACGCUGGCAAGAUCGACAAGACGGUGACCGCUGUCCAGGGAGAUCGAUCCUAUAGCGCUGGCGGCGGAUCGGUGAGCGGAGCGCCAGUGACAUUCAUAGAUUCCAAGGAGUACGCUAAAGUUGAAGUGACAGCGACGUCGUUGGUCCCGACGGCUACGCCAUGUGAACCUCCAAGAGCGAUUUUCACUCCAGGAAACCAGAAGACUAUUCUUCCGACGUAUCUCCCAAACACUGGCAAUCUUGCUACUCUUCUGCACGCGGCCAAUACCGUGAGCUACAUCAAAGGUGAGACGCGAGCCCGAUUCGCCCCGCAAUCUAAUGGCGAGGUGACAGUCUCGGUAUCGGCUUCCGGUCCCCAUGGCGGGGGUGGUCUCACAUCGAUUCCGUUGAUGUGCAAACCGGGAAGUGUCGUAAGGUUGGCUCCCAGCGGACACAUUGUACAACCUCUAACUUUGGUUCAGCAGAUCCCUCAACAGAAUGGUGGGCAGUCGACGCAAUUGGGAGGAGCUAAUAAGACGGGACCGGCCCCCACCUUGUUCCUGACACAAUCUGCAGGGUCUGGGCAGGUGCCAGGACAGUAUAAAGCGACGAAUCACGCAGCUCAGGCAACAACCAUGGCCACCGUAAUAACUCAGACGCCUCUCGCUACCGCUACGGCGGGCGGUCCAGGGGGCGCCGUCGUGGUCCCCCAGAACGGCCUCGUUACUGCCGGUGGCUUUAACCAGCUGGGAAAAGUACAGCUGAGCGGCACAACAACUCUUUCCAUAAAGCCGGUGAGCCAAUUCCCGAUAAUCUCGGGCCAACAGUUCAUAACGGCGUCUUCGCAAUCUCUGAAGCCCGUGGUUGUGGUUUCUGUACCGCAGACGUCGACGCAGUGAGGUUCAAAUCUCGGACUUGUGGAUAAAUGGGCUUCGACGUUCAGUGUAAUUCAUCGCCUCGACAAACAGGUUGACGGAACAUAGAGGAUCACAUUGAGUCAGACAAACAACAACAGAACAGACGAAACAGAUGAACAAUGACAAACAACAAGCAACCGAGCAGGUAGUAGAGAGAC